UCAAAGACGUUAGAGAAGAAUAAUUAAACUAUGAUAUGAUAUACACAGAAAAAAGUAACAACAACAAGCAUUCCUCAUUCCCACUGUCAUGCACUUUCUCUCACUUCACAUUAGGGUUUCUCUCUCAUCAUUCACUCACACACGCAGAUUCAGAUUCUCAUCUACUCCAUUCAUUCUUUCUUCCGUAACUCAAUUCUCAACUCGCUGAGUUUAACUCGUCUUCUCCAUAUCAGUCAGUGAGUUUCACCUCCUUCUUUCUCUCUCCAACUUUAACUCAAAACCCUUUUUUGAUUCUUCGAUUGCCAAGUACAAAUUUUCUUUCUUUUUAUUAAGGUUUACCUAAAAAUGCAAUUUUUGAAAAGCCCUUUUCCUGGUUAAUCGUAAAAACCCCAUUUUGAUGAUUCCUAUGAAAAAUAUCCCCAAAUAAGGAAAAAACCCCAAUUCCAAAUCAGUUAACAAUUUUUGUUCUUUAUCUAGUUAUAGUGUUUUGAAUGGCUUCUGGUUCUGGUUCUGGUUCUGGUUCUGUUGGUUGUAGUAGUGAUAGUAGAAUUGAGAAUUUGAUUUGUGCUACUAAAUCAUUGAAAGUUAGCUUAGAGAAAUCAAAGACUGUUGGGUUAGGAUUAGAGAAAGCAGGGCCAAGGUUAGAUGAGAUUAGGGUAAGGUUACCUUGGCUUGAAUCUGCGGUUCGGCCGAUUAGAGCUGAGAAGGAUGCCCUUGUGGCGGUUGGAGGGCAUAUUAACAGGGCUGUUGGUCCUGCGGCUGCGGUGCUAAAGGUUUUCGAUGCGGUUCAUGGGCUUGAGAAGUCUUUGUUGUCGGAUCCGCGGAUUGAUCUACCGGGUUACUUGUCGGUUUUGAAGCGACUUGAGGAGGCGUUGAGGUUUUUGGGAGAUAAUUGUGGGUUGGCUAUUCAAUGGUUGGAUGAUAUAGUUGAGUAUUUAGAAGAUAAUUCGGUUGCGGAUCAGGUUUAUCUUAAGAAUUUGAAGAGGGAGUUGGAGAGUCUUAAGGAGUCGCAGAAUGGUGAUUUGGAUGGUGGAUUGUUAGAUGCUGCUUUGGAUAAGUUGGAGAAUGAGUUCAGGUUGCUGUUAACUGAAAACAGUGUGCCGCUUCCUAUGUCGUCGAAUUCUCUUGGUGAUCAGCCUUGCAUCGCGCCUUCGCCUUUGCCUGUUUCGGUGGUUCACAAAUUGCAGGCUAUUCUUGGUAGGUUGAGGGCUAAUGAUAGACUUGACAAAUGUGUUUCGAUUUACGUUGAAGUUAGAAGUUCUAAUGUUAGGGCAAGUUUGCAGGCAUUGAAUUUGGAUUACCUUGAGAUCUCGGUGUCCGAGUUCAAUGAUGUGCAGAGCAUAGAGGUGUAUAUAGCUCAGUGGGGAAAGCAUUUGGAAUUUGCGGUGAAGCAUUUGUUUGAGGCUGAGUAUAAGCUUUGUAAUGAUGUGUUCGAGAGGCUUGGACUCGAUGUAUGGAUGGGUUGCUUUUCAAAGAUAGCUGCACAGGCUGGUAUACUCGCGUUUCUUCAGUUUGGAAAGACUGUUACGGAAAGUAAGAAAGAUCCCAUUAAGCUUUUGAAGUUGUUGGAUAUUUUUGCGUCCUUGAACAAGUUGAGGCUGGAUUUCAACCGUCUUUUUGGGGGAGAUGCAUGCGUCGAAAUCCAGAAUUUGACAAGGGAACUUAUCAAAAGUGUGAUCGAUGGCGCAGCGGAAAUUUUCUGGGAACUUCUGGUUCAGGUAGAGUUACAGAGACAGAGCCCUCCUCCUCCGGAUGGCAAUGUUCCUCGAUUGGUGAGCUUUAUCACGGAUUACAGCAAUAAACUCUUGGGGGACGACUACAAGCCUAUACUGACCCAAGUUCUGAUCAUUCACCGAAGUUGGAAGCGUCAAAGUUUUCAGGAGAAGCUUCUCGUUAAUGAGAUUUUGAACAUAUUGAAAGCCAUUGAGGCAAAUUUGGAUACAUGGAUAAAGGCUUACGACGAUCCUAUGUUGUCCAACUUUUUUGCCAUGAACAAUCACUGGCAUCUGUUCAAGCAUUUGAAAGGGACGAAACUCGGGGAUCUUUUAGGAGAUUCUUGGUUGAAGGAACACGAACAAUAUAAGGACUAUUACUCCACAAUAUUCUUGCGAGAUAGCUGGGGAAAGCUCCCUGGACAUUUGAGUAGAGAAGGGCUGAUUCUUUUCUCGGGAGGGCGCGCUACUGCUCGCGAUCUGGUCAAGAAAAGAUUGAAAAAGUUCAACGAAGUUUUCGACGAGAUGUAUUCAAAGCAAUCAGGCUGGAUCAUGGUCGAGCGAGAUCUAAGAGAAAAGACAUGUCAGCUUAUAGUGCAAGCCGUGGUGCCUGUUUACCGGAGUUACAUGCAGAACUACGGUCCCUUGGUCGAGCAAGAAGCCAGUUCCAAUAAAUACGCAAAAUACACAGUCCAGAAGCUUGAAGAAAUGCUUCUAUGUCUCUACCGGCCGAAGCCUGCAAGACACGGCAGCUUGAGAAGUCCGCAGCUUAGUGGAAAGUACGGAAACGGAAUACCAGAUCUUCGUCGUACAGCCUCUGCAGUUGUCUAGUUUCGUAAUCUUAUAUUUAUAAAGGCGAAUUCGAUGGAAAUCUUAAAUCUUCUCCCCGCAUCAGAUGGACGGCUACUGUAUAUAAUUUUUCAUUGGAGCUCUGCAGUGCAUGCAUGAGAUAGGCUUUGCUUAGAUUCUGAGAAGGAAGUUUCCAUGAAAAUGAAAUUUUGUAUGUUCCUCUAAAAGGGGUAUCUGUAAAAGAUGUGUAAUAUCUAAGAGUACCUUAGCCUAGGGGUUAUGAUCCUUUGGUCAAUAAAUGUGAACCUUGCAAUGAGGUUCAUUGCUCAUACUCCUUACUAAGGUAAAUUAAUUAUUAUUUUUUUCAUCUUCAUCAUUGUCUAUUUAUUCAGUUUGUAGAAGGAUCAUUGUACUAUGCAGAUUUAAUGUACAAUUUUUUUUAGUAUACAUGAAUUUAUAAGCUUAGAUGUUCACUAUCCUUGUUGUGACAACUGAGAAUUCUGAGUGACCAGAUCAGUGUCGGUUUAGUAAAAACAAAUAUAUAACACUCUGGUUCACAUUUAUUGUGGCAUGGCCCGGUAAAAUAUCAAUAAGCAUGGGUGCUUAUU